AGUGCCCGGGGUCAUUAAGGGGCCCCAUGAGAUGCCCCUGGUACCUUUCAUAGGCUUUUUUGGGUGUGGUUUGAGUGUGGGCGAGGACACAGGGGCCCCAUGAUCCCCUAUUGUCCGCCCCAUGAGUUGUCAGUCCGCCCAUGAUCUGGUAGAUGGCCCUUAUUCAGUGCUGCCACCUACAGUUAAGUCCAUGUAUAUAUGGACACAGGCACAAGUUUAGUUUUUUUCAGAUGCCCCUGGAACCUUUUCAUAGGCUUUUUGAGUUUGGCCAAGGACAGAGGGGCCCCAUGAUCCCCUAUUGCCCAGGGGCCCCA